AUGAAUGCAUACCUUAUUUCUAUUGUCAAUUCCCUGAUAAAUGAAGAAAUUGUUGAAAUUUUUGAAAAUUUAAUCGAAAGUGAUGUCGAAAUCUCAGAGAAAGUGUUCCAAAUUUGCUUAUCCAUAUAUGAUCUGAUUGAUUCUGACUCUCCAAUGAAAGAAAUUCGGGAUAAUAUCAUUGACCAAAAUUAUUCUACAUCAGAAUAA